AUAGUUUCUCUCACUAAAAUCCAAGCUUUCUCUCUCUAUAUCUACAUCUAUAUAUAUAAUUUUGAGUGAAGCUUUGUUUUCUCUCUCUACUCUGAAAGAGGACAUGCCAAAGCGAGUUACUGGCGAUUCGACUAGGUGCAGAGAGAGAGUAUUCGAAUGUCGUCGGAAUAUCCCACUACCGGCGCCGCAAAGUACGUUCCAAUCCAGCCCUACGGCCCAGAACCGCCGAGAAUAUUCGAAGAACUUCCUAGAGGAACGAUUGUUUCAGUUUCGAGACCCGACGCUAGCGAUAUUAGCCCCCUGCAAUUGUCUUACACCAUUGAAAUCCAAUACAAACAGUUUAAGUGGCGCUUACUAAAGAAAGCUUCACAAGUUAUCUAUUUACACUUUGCUUUGAAGAAGCGUGCAAUAAUUGAGGAACUUCAUGAGAAACAAGAGCAGGUAAAAGAAUGGCUUCUCAACAUUGGAAUAGGAGACCAGACAGCAGUUGUGCAUGACAAUGAUGAACCUGAUGAUGGAGCUGUUCCCAUACAUCAUGAAGAUGGUGCAAAAACCAGAUAUGUUCCAUCCAGGGCUGCUUUGCCAAUCAUUCGUCCAGCACUGGGAGCACAGCAGACCAUUUCAGAAAAUGCAAAAGUCGCAAUGCAAGGGUAUCUGAACCACUUUUUGGGAAACAUGGAUAUUGUGAAUUCACGAGAGGUCUGCAAGUUUUUGGAGGUCUCUAAGUUAUCGUUUUCACAAGAAUAUGGUCCAAAGUUGAAAGAAGGUUAUGUAAUGGUUAAGCAUCUUGCAAAAAUUCCAAAGGAUGACGAUUGUCAUGUGUGUCGUUUGUUUGACUAUUGUAACAAAAAUUGGCAAAAGGUUUGGGCUGUAUUGAAACCUGGGUUCUUGGCCUUACUGGAAGAUCCUUUUGAUACCAACCUUUUAGAUAUAAUCAUUUUCGAUGUGUUGCCAGCUUCAAAUAAAGAUAAAGAGGACCAAGUACAUUUGGCAGAGGAGAUAAAGCAUCGCAAUCCUUUACGUUAUGCAGUUAAGGUUUCUUGUGAAAACCGGAUCAUUAAGUUAAGAACCACAAGUAAUGCUAAAGUCAAAGCAUGGGUUUCUGCAAUCAAUGAUGCUGGUCUAAAGCCUCUUGAGGGUUGGUGUCAUCCACAUCAGUUUGGUUCUUUUGCUCCUCCAAGAGGUUUGAUUGAAGAUGGCAGUCAAGCUCAAUGGUUUGUAGAUGGCAAAGAAGCAUUUGAAGCAAUUGCCUCUUCUAUAAAGACUGCAAAAUCAGAGAUAUACAUAACUGGAUGGUGGCUUUGUCCAGAGCUGUAUUUGAGACGUCCCUUUCACAAUCACAGUUCCUCCCGGCUUGAUGCUUUACUUAAAGCGAAAGCUAAGGAAGGGGUCCAGAUUUACAUUCUUCUCUACAAGGAAGUUUCUAUUGCUUUGAAAAUUAACAGUUCAUACAGUAAGCAACUGUUGGUUGACAUUCACGAGAACGUGAAAGUACUGCGCUAUCCUGACCGUUUCCCUACUGGCAUUUACUUAUGGUCACACCAUGAGAAACUUGUCAUUGUUGAUUACAACAUUUGCUUUAUUGGAGGACUAGAUCUAUGCUUUGGCCGUUACGACACAAUUGAACACAAAGUGGGUGAUUACCCUCCGUCCAUAUGGCCUGGAAAGGACUACUAUAACCCACGAGAACAUGAACCAAAUUCUUGGGAAGACACCAUGAGAGAUGAACUGGAUCGUGAAAAAUAUCCUCGCAUGCCUUGGCAUGAUGUCCAUUGUGCUCUUUGGGGACCAGCCUGUCGUGAUAUUGCUAGACACUUUGUUCAGCGUUGGAACCAUGCUAAGAGAAAUAAAGCUCCAAAGAAGCAAGCAAUUCCUCUACUUAUGCCACACCACCACAUGGUGCUCCCACAUUACAUGGGAAGAAGCAGAGAGAUAAAUGUGGAGAGUAAUACAGAGGUAAAGCAGAAAGACAUCAGUAGACAAGAUUCCUUUUCCUCCCGAUCACCGUUGGAAGAUAUUCCCUUGCUUUUGCCUCCUGAAGCUGAUAAUACAUUAAAUGGCCUAGACAACCAUCAAUUUCAACGUAAUCUCGACCGGCCAAGCAAGAUUGGUCAAAGUCCUCCAUUCUCCAUCCCACAGCCCAAAGUUGAACCUUUAAUUCCAGAUAUGCAGAUGAAAGGUGUUGUAGAUGACCUUGAUUUUAUGGACCUUCAAAGUGAAACGAGUAUAGAUGUAGUGGCACAGUCUGACAUACAAAAUUCAGAUGAGUGGUGGGAAACACAAGAGCGAGGUUAUCAGGAUGUUUUGGCUGAUGAAACUGCACAAGUUGGUCCUCGUACCCCAUGUCGGUGUCAGGUUAUCAGAAGUGUCAGCCAGUGGUCUGCUGGAACCAGUCAAAGUGAAGAUAGCAUUCAUACAGCAUAUUGUUCUCUCAUUGCGAAUGCAGAACACUUUGUCUACAUUGAGAAUCAAUUUUUCAUAUCAGGCCUUUCAGGGGAUGAAAUCAUACAGAACCGCGUCCUCGAAGCCUUGUAUCGGCGUAUCUUGCGGGCUCACAAAGAGCAGAAGUGUUUCAGGGUGGUUGUCGUCAUACCACUCCUACCCGGAUUCCAGGGGGGUCUGGAUGAUAGUGGUGCAGCAACUGUGAGAGCGAUAAUGCAUUGGCAGUAUCGAACCAUCUGCAGAGGAAAAAACUCAAUUUUGCAUAAUCUUAAUGCAUUGCUAGGUCCAAAGGCAAACGAUUAUAUUUCUUUCUGUGGCCUUAGGACAUAUGGUAAACUCUCUGAUGGCGGUCCUGUUGUCACAAGUCAGGUAUAUGUUCAUAGCAAAGUGUUGAUAGUUGAUGAUCAUAUUACUGUGCUUGGAUCAUCCAAUGUAAAUGAUAGGAGUUUGCUCGGAUCAAGAGACUCUGAGAUUGGUUUUGUUAUUGAAGAUAAAGAGUUUGUUGAAUCAUCAAUGAACGGAGACCCUUGGAAGGCUGGAAAAUUUGCUUUGAGUCUUCGGCUUUCCCUCUGGUCAGAGCACCUUGGUCUUCAUGCAGGAGAGAUUAAGCGAAUCAGAGACCCCAUAGCUGACUCUACUUACAAAGAUUUGUGGUUGACAACUGCAGAGACUAAUACCACAAUCUACCAAGACGUCUUUGGUUGCGUCCCCAAUGAUCUUAUUCACUCCAGGUCUGCAUUUAGGCAAAGCAUGAACCACUGUAAAGAGAGGAUCGGAUACACCACUAUUGAUUUAGGAGUAGCUCCCGAGAAGCUAGAAAGUUGUGAGGAUGGAGAAACUAAAGUAACCGAUCCAAUGGGUAAACUGAAGUCGUUGAGAGGAUUUCUUGUUCUUUUUCCCUUAGAAUUCCUGUGUGAAGAAGAUUUGAGACCGAUGUUUGUUGAGAGUGAGUUUUAUACAUCUCCACAAGUGUUUCAUUAAGUAGCAUUUAGGAGGAACUGUUGAAAGCAUUAUGAUCGCCAAAAGGAGAAAAUCGUGGUAGCAGUUGAAAUGUGGUUGGCAAAGAGGUCAAGAGCGGCCAACUUUGGAAAGAAGAAAAAGGAUCAAAAGAUGAUCGAACAAGUUGUUUCUGACUCUAACUCAGCUUCUUUCUAGGAGGAGGUGGUUGUCAAUGUUGAGGCAGAAUUUGAAUCAAAAUGAUCUUUUGUUGGAGAUCGGUAAUUAGAAGUUCUAAUGAAGAAACACUUCGUACAUCAAUGCGAAUAGAUUGACCGGUUGUAUAGUAUUGCAUGGAAAAAUAAAUAUAAAUAAAAAAUAAAAAUAGGAAAAAGAAUGAAAAGGAAUACUUAUUAAUCAGUCUUAUUAAUUAGAUUUAUUUAUUUACAAGUCCGGAUUGAUAAAUUUAUCAUUGUAAAUUUAUUUAUAAAAAUAAGAGAGAUUGAUAAAUUUGUCACUUGAUAAAUUUAUUAAUAGAACUUGAUGAGUAAUAAGUCUCAAAGCUAGGGCCUAUUAGUAGUUUAUCUAAAUUAUGAAAGGGGGGAAGGCAGCGUGCAUUGGCAUUGUUAAAUUCGAAUACUGUUUGUAGUUUGCUUUGUUAUGAUUAAAGUUUUGAAUUAUUCCUA